AACGGGCACCGUGCUUGUGUAUAUUUCCUGUCGAGCGAAAUCUGGUGGCUUGUUGCAUCAUCCUUUUGGUAUAAAAGUGUAUUUCUUGCACUUUCUGUUUCAUUAAUCUUUUCCUUCGAUUGACUGGUCACGGAAUUCGGUGCUCAACAUGUCCAGCGGACCAAUCGUUUACACAUCAAAGUUGCAUGGGUCAGAUGAAAAAGGUGAUGGUAGUGAAGAGAAUCCCUUUGCCACAAUCCUCCAGGCUCUGCGCUCUUGUUCUAUUACACCACCUCCAGUCAUCAAGGUAGAUUCAGCGUCUGCUGACAAGAAGUGGGAGGACGCUGCUAAGAGCCAAGUAAAAAAGCAAAUGAAACAAUAUGAAAGAGAACAGAUGAAGUCGAAAGAAGCUGAAAGAAAAGAAGCUGAAGAUCAAGAAAGACGAGAGAAGAACCUUGAAGAAGCUAAAUCAAUCAUUAUCACCCAGGAUCCCAGUCUUCCUGAAGGAAAAAAGAUAAAAAUUUCUGCUAGCAAGGCACACCAUAAAGAACGUGUGAAGAUUUAUGGAUGGGUUCACAGAAUACGGCGCCAAGGUCGCACGUUGAUAUUUUUGAUUCUUCGAGAUGGAACUGGUUUUUUGCAGUGCGUCUUGACAGAUAAAAUGUGCCAGACCUAUGAUGCUUUACUUCUUACUCGUGAAUCAGCUGUUUGUGUAUAUGGAGUCAUCAGUGAACUUCCUGAAGGCAAAAGUGCACCAGACAAUCAUGAAUUGACAGCAGAUUACUGGGAGAUUGUAGGUCAUUCUGUAGCUGGUGGUGUUGACAAUUUACUUAAUGAGGAUGCUCAUGUUGAUGUCCAGUUAGACAACAGACAUAUGUUAAUUCGUGGAGAAAAUGUCUCAAAAGUGUUAAAGAUAAGAUCAGUUUUAACUCAUUGUUUUAGAGAACAUUACUUUGCUGAAGGAUAUUUUGAGAUAACUCCCCCAGCUUUUGUCCAAACACAAGUCGAAGGUGGUGCUACAUUAUUUAACCUCAACUAUUUUGGUGAACAGGCAUAUUUAACUCAGUCAUCACAACUUUAUUUGGAAACAUGCCUGCCAUCUCUUGGUGACACAUUUUGCAUUGCUCCGUCAUUCCGUGCUGAAUUAUCUCGUACAAGACGCCAUCUUUCUGAGUACACACAUGUAGAAGCUGAGUGUCCUUUCAUUACAUUUGAUGAGCUUCUUGAUCGUGUGGAGUAUCUAGUCUGUGAUGUUGUUGAGAGAGUGUUAAAAUCACCACUUGGACAUCUUGUCCAUGAACUGAAUCCUACUUUCCAACCUCCUAAACGUCCUUUCAGAAGAAUGGAUUAUAAAGAUGCUAUUGAAUAUCUAAAGGAGCACGACAUUCGAAAAGAGGAUGGUACUUUCUAUGAAUUUGGAGAGGACAUUCCAGAAGCACCUGAAAGGAAAAUGACGGAUCAAAUAAAUGAACCAAUCCUUCUGUGUCGAUUCCCACCUGAAAUUAAAUCUUUUUAUAUGCAGAAAUGUGCAGAUGAUCGUGGUGCCACUGAAUCAGUUGAUUUGCUGAUGCCAAAUGUAGGUGAAAUUAUUGGUGGCUCUAUGAGGAUGAACGAUGAAAAGGAACUUCUUGAGGCCUAUAAAAAAGAAGGAAUUGACCCGACUCCUUACUAUUGGUACACUGACCAGCGUAAAUUUGGUAGCUGUGAACAUGGUGGCUAUGGGCUUGGUCUGGAGCGGUUCCUCUGCUGGCUUCUCAAUCGAUACCAUAUCCGAGAUGUGUGCCUGUAUCCACGUUUCAUUGAACGAUGCAAACCUUAAUUCUGACCUGUUGACUAUAAUCUUUUCUACAUAAUUAAAAUGUAAUUCUUAACUUGAAAUGCAGCGCUUCAUAGAGAACUUUCCAAACCUUACCUUUUAUGAACUUCAUUUAUUUAACCGUAAUCAUUUCUUUUCUGUUUUUAUUAACCAAUCUGAUAAAUACUUCUCAGAAAUUAUUGCCUUGCUAUCAUUAUUAUUAUUAUUAUUAUUAUUAUUAUUAUUAUAUUAUUAUCAUUAUUAUUAUUAUUGUUGUUGUUGUUAAGGUGGUGAGCUGGCAUGCGGACAAAAAGGCUUAGCAUUUCGUCCAUCUUUAAAAUCCAACUUCAAAUUCUACCAAAGUCAACUUUGCCUUUCAUGCUUUCAGGGUCGAUAAAAUGAGAGCCAUCUGAGCACUGGAAUCAAUUCAAAUGACUAGCAGCCUUUCUCCCAAAACUUCAGGCUUUGUGUCUAUAGUAGAAAGAAUUAUUAUUAUUAUUAUCAUUAUUAUUAUUAUUAUUAUUAAGGCAGUGAGCUGGCAGAACCAUUAACAGCAAACUGAUAAAUCAAGUACCAGUCACGUACUGGGGUCAAUGUGAUUGACUAUCUCUCCACCACCACCACAAAUUGCUGGCCUUGUGCUUAUCAUAGAAAGGUUACUACGACUACAGUAUUUUUUUUUUUGGCUCUUUAAAUUGUCAUUUCAAAUUCUGCCAUGGUCAACUUUGCCUUAUGUCUUUUGGGAGUUGAUAAAAUAAAGUACCAGUCAAGUACUGGGGGUGAUUUAAUUGGCUAAACCCCUUCACCAAAUUUCUGGCCUUUGUCUAUGUUAGAAACUAUUAUCAUGAUUGAGCUUAAUCCCACCCGGGUUGAUAAAAUGGGUACGAGGUUAAUAUAAUUGACUUUUCUCUCCCCAGAAAUGUGUAAUCUUGUGCUUAAGAUAAAAAUCAAACACUUGACAUUCUUUUCAACAAACAAGAACUUAAUUUACAAUAAUUAGAAACAGUUAAUUAGCAAUAAUGUUCACAUUUUAGCACUGAUGGAGAUUUGAUAGCCAAUUAAUGCAUUGACAGAUGAGUGUAUAUGUAUGAUUUUAAACAAGCGCAUGUUGAGUUAAAUAUUAGUCUGACAUGACAUGCAGCUAUGGCAGUUUACUGCUUGGGUAGGAUGGAAUCAGUGAAUUCCAUUCCACUUAAAGAGCAAAAUAUGGCAUGGUGAGAGGUUAAGCAUCAGAAAUGUCCCAGUCUAACUCUUCGAUGUUUUAGGACAGCAUUGCAUUUGAAUAAACCUUGUUUCUUGGAUGCAAGUCUGCCAAGCCUACUAAAUUAAAUUACACAAAAGACUGCAUAUAAAAUAUACUUCAAAAAUAUAUAAUCUGAUUUAAUAAAUUUUGUGGUCAUUCUUAAUAAAAAUUUUGGUCUUAGAAUGGUAGGUAAAAAGAAAAUGUUGGAAAAAAACAUUGUUAUUUCUUAACUGAUAAAGGCAGUAAGCUGGCAGAAUUGUUUGCGUGCUGGACUUUGCAGUUUUACAUUCUGAGUUCAAUAACGGGAUAAACGGGAUUGAUGUUAUCAACUAGCCCUCCCCCCCCAAAAUUUCAGGUCUUGUAGAAAGAAUUAUUUCUUAGCUCAUAAUUAUAAUGAUAAUAACAUAUUUGACCAGAAAUGUAUUAAGAAAACAAUUAAUUUAAAUAUAAAUGAUAAAGGAACCAAUUAAUCAUUUUGCAAAAAAAAAUAAAGGUAGUAACCUUGACUAUUUUUGGCUGUCCUCUUUCAAACCCAGUUGUUUCUGACGUGUAAAUUGAAAUACUAAUUAUUUCUAGCAUCAAAAUAUGGUUCUGUAUGACUCCACACCAGAAUGUAUGACACUCACUAGAAUCACCUUAGUAACGAAAUGUAAUGCAUACAUCCUUGUCCAAUGUUUGCUUAUUAUUCUAGGUUUUCUUCUUCGGUUAGCUAUGCCCAUUAUCAGUGUUAAUGCUAACAAGGUUUGGUGGUCCAUUGUUUUUUUCUUUUUCAUCUCACUUUCUCUCUUCUCCAUUGGGUAAGUGAUGGAAAUAUUGUAACAAAGAAAUGUAAAAACGAUUUUGAAUGAAUAAAGAAUAAUUUCUGAUCUAAA